AUGUACUUAAGAGGAUAAUCUCAAUCAUCAAAUAUUGGGUGUUUGUAUAGAGAGUACAUGUCAUCAUUAAGACCCUAUUGUCAUUUUUGUUUGCAUAGUCAUAGUCAACAUCUUAAUAUAUAUUAGUGUCAUUAGAAUAAUUAAAUGACUGGAUCUAUCAACGAGUCCUAUACUUAGGAAAGUAAAAUAUCACUUGAUAAUCUUAAAAAUAGAUUAAUUCGCUAUAUCAAUUUUAACAUUGAAUAGUUAAAGUAAUUAGGAUUUUAUGAGUUAGACCUUUUUGAUUAAAGGUUUAUGUUAGAUUGAAUCUUUAGAGAAUAUAUUACUUCAAUAAUUACUAUAAUCAAAGGAAUAAAUUAAAAUGACUGUAAAUAAAAUAAUAGAAAAUCUAAAGAAUCAAACAAAUUUCUAGUAAAAUAAUAAUUUAUAGAUGUAAAAAUCUUGUAAAUUGAUCUUCGAAAAUAAUAUGAUUUAAAUACAUUAGAAUCUAAUAAUUUAAAUUCAUUCUAAUUUGAGCUCAUCACUUAAAAUUCAACCAAGCAGGAAAAAGGUUGUUAUUCAAUAGCUAUUAAUAAAGAUAACUCAAUUGUUUUAGCAGGAUGUGAUAAUUUAAUUAAAGUUUUUGAAAAUCAAUAAGGGAAUUUAAAUCAAAUAUAAUUAUUAAGUGAACAUACAACAACUGUAUAUACAUUAAAUUUCAUGUAGAAAUCAAAUAAUUUUGUAUCUGGAAGUCAUGAUAAAUAAAUUAUUAUAUGGUAGAUGAAUGAAAGCAAUUUAUGGACUUUCUAAUAAAUAUUAAAUGGACAUUCUCAUAGUAUUGUGUUUUUAUUGAUAAAUAAUAAUGAAAAUCUUAUUAACUCAAGCAGUUAUGAUAAUACAAUUAAAUUCUGGAAUAAAUAAAUGAAUGAUAAUGUUAAUAAACCUUUAAAAAUUACACUAGUUAACUGUGCUCAUUAAGUUUAGUGAAUAGGAAUAUAAAUUGAUUGCAUGUUCAAAUGAUUCAAAAAUAUUAGUUAUUAAAUUUUAAUAAUUAGAAAAUAUCUGGUCUGUAAUAUAAAAGAUAUAAGUAGAUUAAUUUGGGUAUCGAUUGAGUUUUAUAAAUGAGAAUUUAUUCACUUUCUAACCUGAAUGUUAAGAAUAUAUGUCUAUUUAUGAACCAAACAGUACGGAUAAGAAAUUUAUUAAGACAAAAGAAAUUAAUGUAAAAUGUGAUUCAAAUUGUUGUGAUAAUCUAUUUCCAUAAAAAUACAUAAAAAUCGAAAUCUCCUGA